UCUUCGAAAAAAUAAUUUUCGCAUCAUCCAUUAUGGCUGACUACUAAAAUAAUUUCCAAAAAAAAUUUCUUAUUAAUAUUUUUCCAAUAGUAAAAAUGUUUUUCAAUUAAUUUAAAUACUCUCUAAACAAUCUACAUUUACCCAAGAACAAGUGAAAAACCAAAAUGCUUUCACUAUUACAAGAGAAAAGACCUCUAAAACGUCCGCGUUUGGGGCCACCCGAUGUCUACCCCCAAGAAGCCAAACAGCGAGAAGAUGAGCUGACCCCAAAUAACGUUAAACAUGGAUUCACUGCUAUACCACAAUUGAAUGCUGAAGAAUUUGGAACUGCCCACAAUAGCAAUGUGAAUGCGAGUAAAGUUGGAGCAUUCUUCAAUGCAAUUGUGGCCAAGAAAGAAGAACUUAUGACGCUUCAGGACAGUGGACGCAAAAAACAGCAAGUCAAUUGUAAAGAUAAUUUUUGGCCAGUUUCGCCACGUACCAAAGGUGCUCUUGAUGCUUGGUUGAAAGAUUUGGCUGGCAAUAAACCUUUGUUAGCUUUAGCUAAAAAAGCUCCAUCGUUCAAUAAAAAAGAAGAGAUCUUUGUUAAUUUGUGCGACAAUGAAGUCAGUAUGCAAAGGGCUACAUGGUUUAUUAAACUAAGUGCAGCUUACACUGUCUCAUUUACUGAGUCGAAGAAUAAGAAAAGAAGCAUUUAUGAUCCGGCUGUGGAGUGGACUGGCAAUUUGAUAAAAUUCAUGAAGGAAUUGCUGCCCAAAUUGCAGGAUCAUUUUCAUAAUGGUACUUUGGAAAAAAAUUCAUCUCAUCAAACAACCGGCGGAAUGGGACAUACACCAAACUCUAUUCCGAUUCCCUCAUCAAUGACAAGUCCAGUACCAAUGCUCAGUCCAGCCAACAAUAGUGCUUCUGGUAUGUCCAAUCUAACAACACCACAAGAAGAUGGCAAAAAUGCCGUCAAAUACUGGAAUUACUGCACUCAACUAAGUAAAUACAUGCACGAAGAAUCCCUCCUCGAUCGACAAGAAUUCCUCAAUUGGAUUCUCGAUCUAUUGGAUAAAAUGCGCUCGCAAAACUCUGACAAUGGACUAAAAAAAUUAAUUCUAACUUUUGCCCUCCAAUAUAUGCAAGAUUUCGUACAAGCCGAACGUCUAUGCAGAAAACUAGCCUACAUUGUUGCAAAGAAACUAACAAGUUUAUUGCACGCUGUUGUCGAUAGUCAAGCUGCAAUUGCUGCUGCAGUCGAAAAGAAUCCCAUCAAACUGGCAGUUGGUGAAAAUUUCGAAUCGGACAAAAGUAAAAAUCCCAUUGUUGAUCCAUUUGAAAGUGCAAUCAAUGAUUACAUGACAUGUGCUCAUCAUCGAGAUAUUGUUUUGUUUCUAAGUUCGAUUUUACAAGUUAUAACAAUCGAAUGUCCAACUGCAAUGGUUUGGUGUGGCAUUGGAGAGAAUCGAACUCCAUCGGCUUUGCAUGGUAGUCCUUUGGAUAAUUUACCAAUUGCACCAUCGCUACUGCCCAUGCCGAAUAAGUGUGAACUUACAAACAAUGAAAUACGAAAACAACUGAGAAGCGCAGAGAAGGAAAUCAUUUUGCGCUCCAAACAUGCCGAGAAUCGUUGGUGUGCUGAGAAAUGGCAAAAUGCAAAUAAGAAUUCUUAUUCAAAGAUUUUAACCAUUUUGGAUCAUUUGGACUCGCAUUGCUUUGAUAAAAUGGAUCCGAGUAAUUCCAUUGAAUCGUUGUAUGCUAAAAUAUUUACACCGUUUAGUAUGAUUAAGCAAGAAAUGGGACCCAAUGGAGAGAUGAAGGAAAUCAAAGUGGAAUAUGAUCCGAAACAAGGUGCCGACACUGUCAAGAUUUUAUGCGAGUGGGCUGUUUCGUCGCAAAGAUGGGGUGAACAUCGUGCAAUGGUCGUGGCAAUACUUCUGGACAAACGCCAAAUGGAAGUGACCACACCACCGGACAAUGAUUAUGCGAAUGGAAACAACAACAACGAUGAUAAAGACUCCAUAGCAUCUGGUGUGGGAUUAAUUGGUGGGCUGCCAGUAUUUCAAUCAGUUCUAAUGAACUUUCUCGAUCAUGAUGCCCCAGUUCUAGAUGAAAAUGGCUCUCAACAAAAUCGCACACAAUUCACCAAUCUUGUGCAUCUUUUCAGUGAACUCUUCCGUCAUGAUGUCUUCUCAUACAAUGCUUAUCUCUGUACACUCAUAUCUCGUGGUGAUCUCUUAAUGGAAAGUGUUAUCUCGAAAACCACAAACUCAAUAACAGGAACAGGUCCAGUUUCGAAUAAACCAUCAUCACCGAAUCAAGGUUUCGAAGAUGUAUUUGAAGAAUUCGAUGAUUCCAAUGUGGAUGAUGAUUUGGAUAAACUCCUGCAGACUAUCAAAGAAAAAGACCAACAAAGUGCCAUGGAAGCACCAGAUAGUCCUAAAGAUCCCGAUCAUGUUGCUCAUGGAAUCGGCUCGAAUGAUCCACCAAUUUCAAGGCAUUUUAUCUACACCAAGCAUUUUCCCAUUCAUCAAGACGAUCAUUAUGCAUCGUACAGUAGUGAAUCCAAUCAACGAUAUAUUCUUCUCUUUGGUGUUGGCAAAGAACGUGACGAAAAGAAACAUGCCGUUAAGAAAAUGUCCAAAGAAAUUUGUAAACUCUUCUCCAAGAAAUUCAGUAUCGAUGUGGCUGAGGGUGGUAAAGUAAAGAAACAUUCACGAAGUGAAUUCAAUUUUGAAGCCACUACGAGUAAGUGUCAAAAUAUGGCUUAUUUUGAUCAGCAUGUGGUGACUUAUCAAUGUGCGGCAACAGUAUUGGAACAAUUAAAUAGCUUCGCAUCGGGAAGUAAUAACUAUCUGCCGGUCCAAGAGCAUGUAGCGUUUUUGUUUGAUUUGAUGGAAAUGGCACUGAAUAUCUUCAGUCUGCUUGAUUUGUGUAAUCAGAUUUUAAAGGAACUUCCUGAAGUCGAAAAUCAAUUGAUUGCCAAAAAAUCUAACUUGGCAAAGAGUUAUACUACUUCUCUGGGGCUGUAUAUAGUAGGAAUUCUUCGCAGAUAUCACAGUUGUCUGUUGCUCUCACCCGAGCAGACUUUCUCUGUAUUUGAGGGAUUAUGCAAAAUUAUCAAACAUGUCAAUACCCCAAGUGAUUGCAGUUCAGCUGAAAGAUGCAUUCUAGCUUAUCUGUCUGAUCUUUAUUCCUCUUGCGCCAUGCUCAAGGGGAAGGCUCAAUCUGCUGAACACUUCCACAGUGCUAAUGCCAAGUUCAAGUUGAUUUUUAAUUCGCCAGUUCAAACUCCAAUCACUCCACCAUCCUAUAAUGCACAAUUUCUAAAUGAUCUCUUUACUGCACCGAAGAGAGGUGGCAAAAUCGAUCCCAUGUGGGCACGUCAGUUGAACGAAUCUCCCCUGAACAUGUACAGUUUUGUGUGCAAUGCAAUUAUUGCCAUUUGCCGAGAAACCGACAACGAUCGAUUGAAUGAUAUUGCCAUUUCUUGUGCUGAAUUGACUGCCUGCUGUAAUGCCUUGUCUCAGGAAUGGGUUGCUGCACUUGGAGCGCUAUGCAAUUCAAACGGAGAUCCACGCUAUCAGGAUCUCUUCAGCCAAAUUGACAUUCAAAACGUUAACAUUCACAAUUCAUUGGCAGUUUUCACCUGCAUCCUGAUUGCCCGUCAUUGCUUUUCAUUGGCAGAUUUCGUCAUGAAAAUAGCUCUUCCUGCUCUAGCUAAUGCUUGCGAUAUAACAUCAGAUGCUGAAGCUGGUGCAAGAUUGACAUGUCAUCUGGUAUUGAAGCUCUUUAAAACCAUUGAGAUUCCUCAACCAGGAUUGUAUUCUGUUAGUACAUCACCGAAUCCCAUUAAUGUGGCUGGAUUAGCUUGUAAUAUUAAAUUGAGCUGUGAUCGUCAUUUGUUGGUUGGCGCACAUAAAAACAUUCCCAUCGAAGCCGUUUUGGCUGUUUUAAAGGCGAUUCUUUUAGUUGUCGAUACUACAGCCCAAAAGACUCCAUCCACUGUGUUUAGCAGUGGCAAACGCAGCGGACUUAACACUCCAGUUCAUCCAGGCAGUACUCCCAAGAACUCAGAUCACCCUGUAAAUCUUAGUACAAUACUGGGAACAUGUGAUUUUAGUGUUUUGGGAGAAGCCGAAGACGCCAUGCAUGGUUCAUCGACAAGUGAUCAGAUUUCCUUGUCUGACUUUGCUCAGCAUGUGCUCAAGCAGAUAUGCUCCCAGGAGUACGUGCUCGAGAGAUGUCUGGAGAACUCUGAAAAACUCUGCGAUAUGAUUAUUGAUGAUAUGUUGACGUCCAAACAAGUCCAGCGGCUAUUGCAUAUGAUCUUCUAUGCAGAAAACGAAUACAAUUUGAUAACUGAAAUGGAUCAGAAGGCAAUUAUCGUUCGGAUUCUAGAGAAUUUGGAGCAAUGGACUUUACGUAUAUCGUGGCUUGAUUUGCAGUUAAUGUAUCGUCAGACAUCGUCCAAUAGUACAGAGCUUACGAACUGGCUCGACACAGUGGCCAGAGCUGCAAUUGAUGUAUUUCAAAUUGAUGAAAACGCAGCCAAGAAUCAAAAAACAAAGCCAUCUACAUGGCUAGUGGCUCCACUUGUAUCCAAACUUACAAGUGCCGUUCAGGGUCGAAUACUUCGAGUAGCCGGACAGGUUUUAGAGAGUAUGAAUUAUUUCUCGAAAAUCAAAGACUGUGAAGAAAGGGAGAAAAUGGGUGUGAAUAAGAAAAAGCUUCCAAUGAAUAAUCAACCAUUUUUGGGUUUGGUUCUAACUUGUCUGAAAGGACAAGAUGAACAGAAAGAAGGUCUGUUGGUAUCUCUUCAUUCGCAAUUGUCGACAUUCUUACAAUCAAUAUCAGAGUUUGAAGAAAUUGGAGGAAUCGAUGAUCCACAGGGAAGGACAGAAAUGUUAGAUGCAUUACAAUUGCGUUUCUCAUUGGUGGGUGGAAUGUUUGAAGCUAUACAAAAGAAUGGUACAUCAACAACCGAUUGGGCUAUUCUAUUGGCUCAACUUGUUUGCCAGGGAGUUAUUGAUUUAACCAACAAUAGUGAAUUAUUUACAACUGUUGUGGACAUGUUAGCAACUUUGGUGCAUUCUACCUUAGCUUCGGAUAAUCAAUCAGAAAGGGACGAAAACAAAAAACUCUAUCUAAAUCUUAUGAAAAAAUUGAAAAAAGAAAUUGGAGAGAAGAACAAUGCAUCAAUUAGAUUCAUACGUCAGUUAUUGCCACUUUAUAAACAAACAACAGAAGUUAUAGCAUGUGAACCAGCUGGUGUGGAUGCGAAGGAUAAAAAACUUCUUCGGAUAUCUGAUAAGCAAAGAAUUAGCGUAUGGGAUAUAUUAGAGGGUCACAAAAAUCCAGCACCUUUAUCGUGGACAUGGUUUGGAGCAGUUAAAUUGGAAAGGAAACCAUUAGCUUAUGAGGAAGCUCAUCGUCAUCUUAAAUAUCAUUCACAUAGUUUAGUUAAGCCAAGUAGUUAUUAUUAUGAACCAUUGCCUCUGCCACCAGAGGAUAUUGAACCUAUUCCAGAAAAAAUUGUGAAGGAUGAAAUGAAAGCUGAUACUCCAUCAUCUGUUGAUCAAUCGCCAAGUGCUCCGGUAACUGGUAGAGGUAGAGGCAAAGGUAAUCGUAAGCCUAGGAAACCUAAAAAUGCCAAAACACCUCCAGUGAAUACUCAGAAUCCAGCACAAUUACCCCAACCACCACAGCAACAACAGCAACAGCAGCAACAACAACAACAACAGCAGCAACAACAGCAACAACAACAGCAGCAGCAACAACAGAUUAAUCCAAAUCAAAUGAAUCCAAUGCAAAUGAAUAUGCAGUUUGCACCAAAUCAAAUGAUACCCGGAAAUCCCAAUCAAAUUAUGCAACAACAACAAAUGCCAGUAGUGCCUGGUAAUAUGCAUCAACAACUUGGCCCUGGUAAUCCUCAACAAAAUACACAAAUGGGAUUUGUUGCUGGUGCUGGUCCAGGUAUGGCGCAAGGUCAGCAACAACAACAAUGGCCUGGUUCGGGAUAUCAUCCAAUGCAGCAACAACAACAGCAGCAGCAGCAACAACAACAGUUUUAUAAUCAACAAGGAAUGCAAAUGAACCGUUUCGAGAGACCUCAAAUGAACAACUCGAAAGCUGCUUUGGAAAAAAUGCUACGUCAGCGACAACCUCCAUUUAUGGGUGCCAAUCAGACCAGCGGAUCUAAUUUCAAUAUGCAACAACAGCAGCAACAGCAGCAGCAACAACAACAACAACGUCAACCACAAGCGGUUAUGCAGCAGCAACCCCAACAACAACAGGUCCAACAGCAGCAACAACAACAACAACAGCAGCAGCAGCAACAACAAUUCAUGCGAGGCACAUUACGUGGAAUUGCACCCAAUCAAAUGGCAGCCACCAAUCAAAUGGCCACAUCUAUGAAUCAAACAAUGGGUCAAAUGGGUCAGCCCAAUAUGGGCCAGGGUAUUAAUCCCAAUGCCAUCAUGACACAACAAAAUCAAAUUCAACCAACGGGCAUCAGUCAAAAUCCUCAAAGUCAGCAAGCCAUGGCAAUGGGUCAGGGUGGUAAUAUGAUUGGAGGCAAUAAUGCUGGCAACAUGAUAAACCAACAAACAGCUGGCAUGGUUAAUACUGGAAUGAGCCAGAACGCUGGAAUGAUGCAACAACAGAAUGUGGGCAUUGUCAACCAAGGACCUCAGUUCCAGAACUUUAAUAACUACAACAAUCAAGGCAUGAAUCAACAAGGCAACCAGCAGAGUAUGAUGGGUAGUUUCAAUCAAAUGGGCGGUCAGCGAAGCAAUCCCACUGAGUACCUAGCCCAACAGCGUGCAAUGCCAGCCAACAGGGGUCAAUAUAUGAAUCAGGCUCCAAAUGUAACAAUGAACAGUAUGAUGGCACAAGGUCCAGCACCUCCGUAUUCGAGGCAACAACCGACUGGUGGUAAGCCGGCAGUUGUGUCUGCACAACAAUUCCAACAACAACAACAGAGAAUACAUCAUCAAAUGAUGAUGCAAGGUAUGGGUCAGCAAAAUGCUGGGCCGGGUAUGGGACAACCACAGACUCAGAGCAUGGGUCAGCAACAGACACCGAAUUUGGUUGCUCAACUUCAGCGGCAAAUGCCCAAUCAGCAGGGAAUGAUGGGUCAACAAUUCUCACAACAUCCCCAGCAGUCUACGUGAAUCAGUUUAUACGAUGUUUAUAAUUUAUUUUGUAAAGGAUUUUUUUUUCUUAUUUUUUUUUUCGAAAUUAGUACAUGAUUUAAAGAGACAAAGACGAAAUUACGUCGAAUAAAAUUAUCUUAAAUGCAAAA